UUUUUUUUCCCUCUGGGGAAGCCUGCGUUUGACGUGUGUUUACGGAUGCAUUCCUCUGGAUCCAUGCAGGAUCUGUAAGCCUGAUUAUAGAUAAAUCUAUGUACUUGUGUAUGAUGGUCUUGAAGUGUGAAGAAUAGUAUCUGGAGUGAGAUAGCAGACAGAAAUUCAGAUUCUUCAAACAACUUAGGAGAGAUGAAGAAAAGGAGGACGAUUGGGGAUGGCGGGACGGAGGUUUAAGAAGUUCAGCAAGCUGGAGCUUGUUCUCAUUGUUCUGCUGCUUGUCCUGUUCAUCAUCGCGGUGGUUCUAAUUGUGCUCUUAGCCAACUCAACUCCAGAAAAUGCCAUAGGCGCUGAAACAACUGGCACUCCAGACACUACAGUCACCAGGACCACUCUUAACUCUCCCAAUUGCCCAGUGCUAAGUGAGCUGGAACGGAUAAAUUGCAUCCCUGACCAGUCAUCUAACAAGGCCACAUGUGACGAGCGUGGCUGCUGCUGGGAUCCUCAGGGAUCCAUCAGUGUUCCUUGUUAUUACUCCAGGAAUCAUGGCUACAAAAUGGAGAGUGACGUUGUAAACACAAAUGCAGGAUUCACAGCCACACUGAAAAACUUACCUUCUGCACCCGUGUUUGGAAGCAGCAUCGAAAACAUCCUGCUUACAGCAGAGUACCAGACAUCGAAUCGCUUCCACUUUAAGUUGACUGACCAAACCAAGAAGAGGUACGAAGUGCCCCACGAGCACGUGCAACCAUUCAGUGGAAAUGCCCCUUCUUCCUUGAACUACAAAGUUGAAGUCUCCAAGGAGCCAUUUAGCAUCAAAGUCACCAGAAAAAGCAAUAACCGUGUGCUGUUUGACUCAAGUAUUGGGCCCCUCCUCUUCUCUGACCAGUUCCUGCAGUUCUCUACCCACCUGCCAAGUGCUAAUGUAUAUGGUCUGGGUGAACAUGUGCACCAGCAGUACCGACAUGAUAUGAAUUGGAAGACCUGGCCCAUGUUUUCCAGAGACACAACCCCAAAUGAGGAUGGAACUAACUUGUAUGGUGUGCAGACGUUCUUCCUGUGCCUUGAAGAUAAUAGUGGAUUGUCCUUCGGGGUGUUUCUGAUGAACAGCAAUGCCAUGGAGGUUACCCUUCAACCUACUCCAGCAAUCACAUACCGCAUCACUGGGGGAAUUCUGGACUUCUAUGUGUUCUUGGGGGACACACCUGAGCAAGUUGUUCAAGAAUAUCUAGAGCUCAUUGGACGGCCAGCUCUGCCUUCAUACUGGACACUUGGGUUUCAGCUCAGCCGGUAUGAUUAUAAAAGCCUAGAUAAUAUGAAAGCAGUUGUGGAGAGAAACCGUGCAGCACAACUCCCUUAUGAUGUUCAGCAUGCUGAUAUUGAUUAUAUGGAUCAGAAGAAGGACUUCACUUAUGACCCAGUGAAUUUUAAAGGCUUCCCAGAGUUUGUUAAGGAGCUACACAAUAAUGGGCAGAAACUUGUUAUCAUUUUGGAUCCAGCCAUUUCCAACAACUCUUUCACAAGUAAUCCUUAUGGCCCAUAUGACAGGGGUUCUGCAAUGAAAAUCUGGGUGAAUAGUUCUGAUGGCAUCAAUCCAGUCAUUGGAAAGGUCUGGCCUGGAACAACUGUGUUUCCUGAUUACACCAGUCCCAACUGUGCUGUUUGGUGGACAAAAGAAUUUGAGCUUUUCCACAAAGAAGUGGAGUUUGAUGGAAUUUGGAUUGAUAUGAACGAAGUCUCCAACUUUAUUGAUGGUUCAUUUUCUGGAUGUUCCCAAAACAACUUGAAUUAUCCCCCAUUCACACCAAAAAUCCUGGAUGGGCACUUGUUCUCUAAGACUCUCUGCAUGGAUGCCGUUCAGCACUGGGGGAAGCAGUAUGAUGUCCACAAUCUAUAUGGCUACUCCAUGGCCAUUGCCACAGCGAAAGCCGUGAAGGACGUGUUCCCAGACAAGAGAAGCUUCAUCAUAACACGUUCUACCUUUGCUGGUUCUGGCAAAUUUGCAGCCCACUGGUUAGGAGAUAACACUGCCACCUGGAAGGACCUUCAGUGGUCCAUCCCAGGCAUGCUUGAGUUCAACCUCUUCGGUAUCCCAAUGGUAGGGGCCGAUAUAUGUGGCUUUGCUGAAGACACAUACGAGGAGCUCUGCAGGCGCUGGAUGCAGCUGGGAGCAUUUUAUCCAUUUUCUCGGAAUCACAAUGGCCAAGGUUACAAGGACCAGGAUCCUGCCUCUUUUGGAAAUAACUCCAUGCUGUUGAAUUCGUCUAGGCACUACCUUAACAUCCGCUACACUUUGCUGCCUUACCUCUACACUCUUUUCUACAGAGCACAUAGCCGGGGAGACACUGUAGCUAGGCCUCUUCUGCAUGAGUUCUAUGACGAUGACAAUACUUGGGGCAUAGACCGGCAAUUUCUUUGGGGACCAGGUCUCCUCAUCACUCCUGUUCUGGAUCAGGGUGCAGAGAAAGUGAAAGCAUAUGUGCCUAAUGCCACCUGGUACGACUAUGAAACCGGAGAGCAACUGGGGUGGAGAAAGCAAAGCAUUGAGAUGCAACUUCCUGGAGACAAGAUUGGACUUCACCUUCGAGGGGGCUACAUCUUCCCCACACAACAGCCUGCCACAACCACAGAAGCCAGCCGGAAGAAUCCUCUUGGUCUUAUUGUCGCCCUGGACGAGAACAAAGAAGCAAGAGGAGAGCUGUUCUGGGAUGAUGGGGAGUCGAAGGACACUGUGGCCCAAAACAUUUACCUUUUCAGUGAAUUUUCUGUCACUCAAAACCAUUUGGAUGUGACAAUUUCAAGUCCAAACUACAAGGAUCCCAAUAACCUAGAAUUCCAGGAAAUUAAAAUCUUUGGAACACAGGAAUUCCGCAAUGUUAGAGUGAAACAGAAUGGGAAUCUCCUUCAAAUGUCUCCUCAAGUCACUUACAAUCCAAACCUGAAGGUUGCCACCAUCACAAAUAUCCAUCUCAGGCUGGGAGAAGCAUACACGGUUGAGUGGGACUUCUUCACAAGGGAGGAGGAAAGGAUAGAUUGCUAUCCAGAUGAGCAUGGUGCUUCUGAGGCAAACUGCACUGCCCGUGGCUGCAUCUGGGAGAAAUCCAACACUAUUGGGGUCCCUCCUUGCUACUUUGCUCAUGAGCUGUACUCAGUCAGCAAUGUUCAGUAUGACUCACAUGGGGCCACAGCUGACAUCUCCUUGAAGGCUUCUACUUAUAGCAAUGCCUUCCCCUCUACACCUGUGAAUAAACUGAAACUGAAAGUGACCUACCACAAGAAUGAAAUGCUGCAGUUUAAGAUCUAUGAUCCCAACCACAGUCGGUAUGAAGUCCCAGUCCCUCUGAACAUCCCCAGUGCUCCAUUGAGCACCCCUGAAGGCCGUCUGUAUGAUGUACUCAUCAAGGAGAAUCCAUUUGGGAUUCAAAUUCGCCGGAAGACUACAGGCACUGUAAUCUGGGACUCUCAGCUCCUCGGCUUCACCUUCAACGACAUGUUCAUCCGCAUCUCCACCCGCCUGCCCUCCACAUACAUCUAUGGCUUUGGGGAAACAGAGCACAUAACCUUCAAGAUAGACAUGAACUGGAACACAUGGGGCAUGUUUUCCAGGGAUGAGCCCCCGGGGUACAAGAAGAAUUCUUAUGGUGUUCACCCUUACUACAUGGGGCUGGAGGAAGAUGGCAAUGCCCAUGGAGUCCUCCUGAUGAACAGCAAUGCCAUGGAUGUGACCUUCCAGCCCAUGCCUGCCUUGACAUACCGAACCAUAGGGGGCAUUCUGGACUUCUAUGUGUUCUUGGGCCCAACUCCAGAGAUUGUUACUCAACAAUAUACAGAGUUGAUUGGUCGGCCUGUGAUGGUACCUUAUUGGUCUCUGGGAUUCCAGCUGUGUCGCUAUGGAUAUGAGAAUGAUACUGAAAUUGCCAACCUGUAUGAUGAGAUGGUGGCUAAGCAGAUUCCCUAUGAUGUGCAGUACUCAGACAUUGACUACAUGGAGAGGCAGCUGGACUUCAAGCUCAGCCCCAAGUUCUCUGGGUUUCCAGCCCUGAUCAAUCGCAUGAAGGCCAAUGGGAUGCGGGUCAUCCUCAUUCUGGAUCCAGCCAUUUCUGGCAAUGAGACACAGCCCUACCCAGCCUUCACCCAGGGUGUGGAGAAUGACGUCUUCAUCAGAUAUCCCAAUAAUGGAGGCAUUGUCUGGGGAAAGGUCUGGCCUGAUUACCCUAAUAUCACUGUGGACUCCUCUCUAGACUGGGACAUUCAAGUGGAGCGAUACCGAGCUUAUGUGGCCUUCCCAGACUUUUUCCGUGAUUCUACUGCCCUCUGGUGGAAGAAGGAGAUUAAAGAACUCCACAGCAACUCACAGGAUCAAGCAAAGAGCUUGAAGUUUGAUGGCCUAUGGAUUGAUAUGAAUGAACCUUCCAGCUUUGUGAAUGGGGCAGUUCCUUCUGGCUGCAGUGAUGCUACUCUGAACCACCCUCCCUACAUGCCACACGUUGAAGGCAGAGACAGGGGCCUGAGCAGCAAGACGCUGUGCAUGGAGAGUGAGCACAUUCUUCCAGAUGGCUCCCGGGUGCGGCACUAUGAUGUACACAGCCUGUACGGGUGGUCCCAGACCAGACCCACCUAUGAAGCUAUGCAGGAGGUGACAGGAGAGAGAGGGAUCGUCAUCACACGCUCCACAUUCCCCUCUUCUGGACGCUGGGGAGGACACUGGCUGGGAGACAACACAGCUGCCUGGGACCAGCUGGGGAAAUCCAUCAUUGGCAUGAUGGAUUUCAGCCUCUUCGGCAUAUCCUAUACUGGGUCAGACAUCUGUGGGUUCUUUAAUGAUGCUGAGUAUGAGAUGUGUGUUCGCUGGAUGCAGCUGGGUGCCUUUUAUCCCUUCUCCAGGAACCACAACACCAUCGGAACCAAGAGACAAGACCCUGUAUCCUGGGAUAAAAACUUUGAGGAUAUUUCCAGGAGUGUGCUGGAGACCAGAUACACCCUGUUGCCAUAUCUCUACACCUUGAUGUACAAGGCCCACAAGGAGGGCAGCACAGUUGUGCGGCCUCUUCUCCAUGAGUUUCUGGCAGACCGGGAAACCUGGAACAUAGACAAACAGUUUCUGCUGGGACCAGCCUUCCUAGUCAGCCCUGUGCUGGAGCCUAAUGCCAGAAAUGUCACUGCAUAUUUCCCUAAAGCUCAGUGGUAUGAUUAUUACACGGGUGCAGACAUUAAUUCAACCGGUUGGACGACCUUGUCAGCCCCUCUUGAGCACAUCAAUCUUCAUGUCCGAGGGGGUUACAUCUUGCCAUGGCAACAACCUGCCCUGAACACCAACUUAAGCCGGAAGAAACCUCUUGGUCUUCUCAUUGCUCUGGAUGAGAACAAAGAAGCAAGAGGAGAGAUGUUCUGGGAUGAUGGGCAGUCAAAGGACACUGUGGCCAAAAACAUUUACCUUUUCAGUGAAUUUUCUGUUACCCAAAACCAUUUGGAUGUGACAAUUUCAAGUCCAAACUAUAAGGAUCCCAAUAACCUAGAAUUCCAGGAAAUUAAAAUCUUUGGAACACAGGAAUUCCGCAAUGUUAGAGUGAAACAGAAUGGGACUCUCCUUCAAAUGUCUCCUCAAGUCUCUUACAAUCCAAACCUGAAGGUUGCUACCAUCACAAAUAUCCAUCUCAGGCUGGGAGAAGCGUACACGGUUGAGUGGGGCUUCUUCACAAGGGACGAGGAAAGGAUAGAUUGCUAUCCAGAUGAGCAUGGUGCUUCUGAGGCAAACUGCACUGCCCGUGGCUGCAUCUGGGAGAAAUCCAACACUAUUGGGGUCCCUCCUUGCUACUUUGCUCAUGAGCUGUACUCAGUCAGCAAUGUUCAGUACGACUCACAUGGGGCCACAGCUGACAUCUCCUUGAAGGCUUCAACUUAUAGCAAUGCCUUCCCCUCUACACCUGUGAAUAAACUGAAACUGAAAGUGACCUACCACAAGAACGAAAUGCUGCAAUUUAAGAUUUAUGAUCCCAACAACAGUCGAUAUGAAGUCCCAGUCCCUCUGAACAUUCCCAGUGCUCCAUCCAGCACCAAUGAAAGCCGUCUGUAUGAUGUCCUCAUCAAGGACAAUCCAUUUGGAAUUCAAGUUCGCCGAAAGAGCACAGGGACUGUAAUCUGGGACUCUCAGCUCCUCGGCUUCACCUUCAACGACAUGUUCAUCCGCAUCUCCACCCGCCUGCCCUCCACAUACAUCUAUGGCUUUGGGGAAACUGAGCACAUAACCUUCAAGAUAGACAUGAACUGGAACACAUGGGGCAUGUUUUCCAGGGAUGAGCCCCCGGGGUACAAGAAGAAUUCCUAUGGUGUCCACCCUUACUACAUGGGUCUGGAGGAGGAUGGCAAUGCCCAUGGAGUCCUCCUGAUGAACAGCAAUGCCAUGGAUGUGACGUUCCAGCCUAUGCCUGCUUUGACAUACCGAACCACAGGGGGCAUUUUGGAUUUCUAUGUGUUCUUGGGCCCGACUCCAGAGAUUGUUACUCAGCAAUACACAGAGUUGAUUGGUCGGCCUGUGAUGGUACCUUACUGGUCCCUGGGAUUCCAGCUGUGUCGCUAUGGAUAUGAGAAUGAUUCUGAAAUCGCCAGCUUGUAUGAUGAGAUGGUGGCUAAGCAGAUCCCCUAUGAUGUGCAGUACUCAGACAUUGAUUACAUGGAGAGGCAGCUGGACUUCAAGCUCAGCCCCAAGUUCUCUGGGUUUCCAGCCCUGAUCAAUCGCAUGAAGGCCAAUGGGAUGCGGGUCAUCCUCAUUCUGGAUCCAGCCAUUUCUGGCAAUGAGACACAGCCCUAUCCUGCCUUCACCCGGGGUGUGGAGAAUGACGUCUUCAUCAGAUAUCCCAAUAAUGGAAGCAUUGUCUGGGGAAAGGUCUGGCCUGAUUACCCUAAUAUCACUGUGGACCCUUCUUUAGACUGGGACCAUCAAGUGGAGCAAUACCGAGCUUAUGUGGCCUUCCCAGACUUUUUCCGUAAUUCAACUGCUACAUGGUGGAAGAAGGAGAUUAAAGAACUCCACAGCAACACACAGGAUCCUGCCAAGAGCUUGAAGUUUGAUGGCCUGUGGAUUGAUAUGAAUGAACCUUCCAGCUUUGUGAAUGGGGCAGUUCCUCCUGGCUGUAGUGAUGCUACUCUGAACCACCCUCCCUACAUGCCACAUUUGGAAGCCAGGGACAGGGGCCUGAGCAGUAAGACCCUGUGCAUGGAGGGUGAGCAGAUCCUUCCAGAUGGCUCCCGGGUACGGCACUAUGAUGUACACAACCUGUAUGGGUGGUCCCAGACCAGACCUACCUACGAAGCUGUGCAGGAGGUGACAGGAGAGAGGGGGAUCGUCAUCACACGCUCCACAUUCCCCUCUUCUGGACGCUGGGGAGGACACUGGCUGGGAGACAACACAGCUGCCUGGGACCAGCUUGGGAAAUCCAUCAUUGGCAUGAUGGAUUUCAGCCUCUUCGGCAUAUCCUAUACCGGGUCAGACAUCUGUGGGUUCUUUAAUGAUGCUGAGUAUGAGAUGUGUGUUCGCUGGAUGCAGCUGGGCGCCUUUUACCCCUUCUCCAGGAACCACAACACCAUCGGGACCCGGAGACAAGACCCUGUAUCCUGGAAUAAAACCUUUGAGGAUAUUUCCAGAAGUGUGUUGGAAACCAGAUACACCCUGUUGCCAUAUCUCUACACCUUGAUGUACAAGGCCCACACGGAGGGCAGCACAGUUGUGAGGCCUCUUCUCCAUGAGUUUGUGUCAGACCGGGCAACCUGGAAUAUAGACAAACAGUUCCUGUUGGGUCCAGCCUUCCUAGUCAGCCCUGUGCUUGAGCCUAAUGCCAGAACGGUUGAAGCAUAUUUUCCCAGGGCCCGCUGGUAUGACUACUACAAGGGUGUAGAUAUCAAUGCAAUGGGAGAGUGGAAGACCUUGGAAGCCCCUCUUGAGUACAUUAAUCUUCAUAUUCGUGGGGGCUAUAUUCUGCCCUGGCAGGAACCUGCCAUGAACACCCAUUUAAGCCGGCAGAAGUUCAUGGGCCUCAGGGCUGCGUUGGAUGCUGAGGGAUUUGCUGAGGGCUGGCUCUUCUGGGAUGAUGGGAAAAGGAUCAAUACUGAUCAGUACUUCUUGGCCAGGUUUUCUGUCAACCAGACUACAUUGCUGACACAAGACAUGUUUAACAAUUACCUCACUGGCACAGCACCCUUAUAUCUAGGCUACAUUGAUAUCUGGGGAUUGAGCAGUUCUUCCAUUACCAAUGUGAGCAUCUCUUGGAGCACUAAUAAUGAAGAAGUCCUUGCCAACUACAACUCCACAACCAAGACACUGAGUGUCAAUAUGACUGACAAAAAAAUCAGCCUGCACACUUUCAAGUCACUGACAUGGAGCUCUUCAUAAUUUUUAAAGCAAGAUACUAUGAACAGAUUUAAACUGCUUAUACUUCAUAAUGCUAUAAUUAUUGUAUAUCAUCAAUUGUUUCACUCCCAGUAUGGGUAGAAUAUUUUAUGGUUUUGUUUUGUUAUUUUUUGUGUGUAUAUGACUCCCAAAGAUAAUAUCUCUACUGUACCUAUAGAAUGAGUGUGGUAUAUAUGGUUCAACACAUGACAUUCGUCAAAAGCAAAGAGAUGAAAGUAAUUCAUGCUGAAGUGUGUAUGUGUGCAUGUGUGUGUGUAUGUGUGUGCAUGUGUGCACGCAUGUGUAGGGGGAUUCAAAUCAAAUGUUUUCCCAGUGAUACAACAGAAAUCUUGUGAUGGCAGCUCCUGUUUAUAGCUAAGUCAAACCUUUAGAAGUCUGAAGAAGGGACUACUGCUAGUUGGCAUGGGGGAGUAGACCAAUAAGCUGAGAGUGUAAUGGAGGAAGCAGGAAAGAUGUGAAGCAAAGGUAGGCAACAGCAAGAGUAACAGUCAUCCUCUGGAGAGGAAAGUCAUCGUUGUGUGGAGGGGAAAGGAGGAGCCAGCUCACUGGAAGGAGAAUAGUAGGUUGGAGAAAUCACUGGAAGGAGAAUAGUAGGUUGGAGAAAUCACUGGAAGGAGAAUAGUAGGUUGGAGAAAGUAUUACCGUCCAGGAAGGCUAUGGGGAGGAGAUUUAAGUAGAGAGAGCUGACGGAAGGAGUUGGAUGUACAAAAGAAGUUGUUUUAUAGAAGUAUGCUUCAAAGUGUAUAAAUCUUAUUUGUUGACCAUAUCUCAUGUACAUAAAAACAGUUCACACAAACAUCUAUGAUUUACAUGCCACAGAAAAAUAAAGCACUGAAUUUGAAAGCCA